AUGACCCGCCUGAUGACCCGCCUGAAUACCAGCCUGAAGAUCCGCCUGAAGCCCAGCCAGAAGACCAGCCUGAAGCCCAGCCUGAAGACCAGCCAGAAGACCAGCCUGAAGACCAGCCUGAAGCCCAGCCUGAAGACCAGCCAGAAGACCAGCCAGAAGACCAGCCAGAAGACCAGCCAGAAGACCAGCCUGAAGACCAGCCUGAAGACCAGCCUGAAGACCAGCCAGAAGACCAGCCAGAAGACCAGCCUGAAGACCAGCCUGAAGACCAGCCUGAAGACCAGCCUGAAGACCAGCCUGAAGACCAGCCAGAAGACCAGCCUGAAGACCAGCCUGAAGACCAGCCUGAAGACCAGCCUGAAGACCCGCCUGAAGACCAGCCAGAAGACCAGCCUGAAGACCAGCCUGAAGACCCGCCUGAAGACCAGCCUGAAGACAAGCCUGAAGACCAGCCAGCCAAUUCCACACAAAGAGAGGCCACUUUCAAAUAUGACUAGCACAGAGACCAGACCACGCCCCUUAGCAACUACAGUACGGGGCUGGGCAUCCCAUAAUAUGACCGGUACAGUGAUGACAGGGUCAUCUGAUAAGGAUAAUGGGAGUAUUGGAGAAAUUGCCAUAGACAAGAUACCUUCCAAACCACUGUCACUGAUACCUUCCAAACCACUGUCACUGAUAUCUUCUAAACCACUGUCACUGAUACCUUCCAAACCACUGUCACUGAUACCUUCCAAACCACUGUCACUGAUACCUUCCAAACCACUAUCACUGAUACCUUCCAAUCCACUGUCACUGAUACCUUCCAAACCACUGUCACUGAUACCUUCCAAACCACUGUCACUGAUACCUUCCAAACCACUGUCACUGAUACCUUCCAAACCACUGUCACUGAUACCUUCCAAACCACUGUCACUGAUACGUUCCAAACCACUGUCACCGAUACCUUCCAAACCACUGUCACGGAUACCUUCCAAACCACUAUCACUGAUACCUUCCAAACCACUGUCACCGAUACCUUCCAAACCACUGUCACUGAUACCUUCCAAACCACUGUCACUGAUACCUUCCAAACCACUGUCACUGAUACCUUCCAAACCACUGUCACUGAUACCUUCCAAACCACUGAUACCUUCCAAACCACUGUCACGGAUACCUUCCAAACCGCUGUCACGGAUACCUUCCAAACCACUAUCACCGAUACCUUCCAAACCACUGUCACCGAUACCUUCCAAACCACUGUCACGGAUACCUUCCAAACCACUGAUACCUUCCAAACCACUGUCACGGAUACCUUCCAAACCGCUGUCACGGAUACCUUCCAAACCACUAUCACCGAUACCUUCCAAACCACUGUCACCGAUACCUUCCAAACCACUGUCACCGAUACCUUCCAAACCACUGUCACUGAUACCUUCCAAACCACUGUCACCGAUACCUUCCAAACCACUGUCACUGAUACCUUCCAAACCACUGUCACUGAUACCUUCCAAACCACUGUCACUGAUACCUUCCAAACCACUGUCACUGAUACCUUCCAAACCACUGAUACCUUCCAAACCACUGUCACUGAUACCUUCCAAACCACUGUCACUGAUAUCUUCCAAACCACUGUCACUGAUACCUUCCAAACCACUGUCACUGAUACCUUCCAAACCACUGUCACUGAUACCUUCCAAACCACUGUCACUGAUACCUUCCAAACCACUGUCACUGAUACCUUCCAAACCACUGUCACUGAUACCUUCCAAACCACUGAUACCUUCCAAACCACUGUCACUGAUACCUUCCAAACCACUGUCACUGAUACCUUCCAAACCACUGUCACUGAUACCUUCCAAACCACUGUCACUGAUACCUUCCAAACCACUGUCACUGAUACCUUCCAAACCACUGAUACCUUCCAAACCACUGUCACUGAUACCUUCCAAACCACUGAUACCUUCCAAACCACUGAUACCUUCCAAACCACUGAUACUUUCCAAACCACUGAUACUUUCCAAACCACUUAUGCUGGGCUUUGCCACAGCCACAUGGCAGGCUAAGGCAGCCAGGCCGUUCGUUCCUCUUAAACUGCUGAACUCUGGCGGCACAUGGCAUGCCAUCAGAUCCACAUUCAUGUCAGGCCAGGCCAGGGCGUUCACUCACUGGGCAUCAGGCUCGCGUUUCUCUACAGGCUGA